AAAUUAGCUUACUGGUGCCUGCAGAGCAGCUCCGCAGUAUCAUCGUUCCCUGGAUUCUCUCCAUGUCCCCGACCAAGCUCUCACGUCCAUUCUCUUCCUUCCACUCCAGCAAGGGACCUCGCAAUGCCUCCUCCAUCCAGACUCUUCUCAAGAGAGGCUUCACUCCCACCAUCAAACACUUCAACCUCCACCUCCUCUUCCUCUCUCGAUCCCACCGCUUCGACUCCAUCGUCCACCUCGUCUCCCAGCUGGAGCAGAACAAUGUCCAUCCGAACUCGCGCACUCACUCCAUCUUCACCCGGGCCCUUCUCGAACUCCACAAAUUCGAGGAAGCGGAGCAAUUCAUGAGGUCCCAGAUGGCCAAGACUUCGAAUUUCGCCAAAAGCCGCAUCUGGGACUGUAUAAUUCAAGGUUACUGCGUCCAUCGCAACGACCCGGAAAGAGCAAUGUCGAUUUUUCGUGACUGCUUGCGUGGGUAUCGUGUCUUGCCUUCUUCCUACGCUGUUUGUUCUUUAAUUCAUGGGUUUAGCUCUCGUGGGAUGAUGGGAAGAGCGAUUGAGGUCAUGGAGUUGAUGGCGGACGAGAAGAUCGAAUACCCUUUUGGUAAUUUCGUUUGUAGUUCUGUUAUUGCUGGGUUUUGCAGAAUCGGACAGCCAGAACUUGGCGUUGAGUUCUUUGAGAAGGCCAAGAUUUCGGGAACUUUACAUCCCAAUCUAGUCACUUACACUGCCCUUGUACAUGCUCUUUGUAAGUCGGGUAGGGUCGAUGAGGUCGGCAAAUUGUUUCGCGUGAUGGAGGAGGAGGGUUUGGCUUUUGAUGUCGUGUUUUUUACUUGUUGGGUCUUGGGGUAUCUCAAGCAAGGUUUUGUAACGGAGGCUUUUAGGAAAAAUAAUGAAAUGUUAGAGAAAGGGAUCAGUGCAGAUGUCAUUAGCUAUACCGUCCUUAUGGAGGGAUUUUCUCGAGAAGAGAAUGCCGAAAAGGCAGCUGGAUUUUUGUCAAAGAUGAGAAACGAAGGAUUGAAACCCAACAUAAUUACUUACACUGUGGUGAUAUUGGGACUUUGCAGGAAAGGCAAACUGGAAGAAGCAUAUAACAUCUUUAAGAUGAUUGAAGAUAUAGGGAUGGUUACUGAUGAACUUCUGUAUGCAACGUUGAUAGAUGGUGCUUGUAGGAAAGGCGAUUUUGAUCUUGUUCUUGAUUUGCUGAGUGACAUGGAUAGGAAGAGGAUUAGUCCGAGUGUUGUUACAUACAAUAUUGUUGUGAAUGGACUGUGCAAAUUUGAGAGAACAUGUGAUGCAGAUGAGUUCUCCAAGGGAGUUGUGGGAGAUGUUGUCACAUACAGUACCUUGUUGCAUGGGUACAUUGGAGAAAAAAAUGUCCAUGGAGUACUCGAUAUAAGGCGGAGGUUCGAAGAAGCUGGAUUUUCAAUGGACAUUGUCAUGUGUAACAUACUAAUUAAGGCGUCAUUCAUGGUGGGAGCAUUUGAAGAUGCUCAUGCACUCUAUAAGAGAAUGGCAAAUAUGAAUUUAACUGCUGAUUCCAUUACGUACUGUACGCUAAUUGAUGGAUUCUGUAAACUAGGAAGAAUAGAUGAGGCACUAGAGAUAUUUGAUGAGUUCAGGGAGACAUCAAUUUCUUCUGUUGCGUGUUACAACUGUAUCCUCCAUGGCCUAUGCAGGAGAGCUAUGAUUGAUAUUGCCAUUGACGUGUUUCUUGAACUUAUUGAAAAGGAUUUGCCAGCGGACACACACAUUUGUAAGGUAUUGAUUAAGGCAGCUUUUAGAGACCAAAAUGCAGAUGGAGUCUGUAAUUUGGCUGUCAGAAUCAAGAAACUGCCCAAAGAAAUAUAUGAUAAGGUAUGUAAUGAGGCUAUCUGCUUUUUGUGCAAAAAAGGUUUUUCAGACUCCGCGUUGGAGAUUUACAUGUUGAUGAAGAGAAAUGGUUCACUUAUUACAAGCAAGUCUUACUUUUUAAUGCUCAAAGGACUUAUAAAUGGGAAGAAAGAUAUGAUUGAGCCUCUUUUGUGUAAGUCUGUUAAAGAAUAUGGAAGUGGUGACCCUAAAGUUGGAAAAACAAUAGCGCAUUAUCUAAGCUUGAAGGAUGUUGACAGGGCCCUUCAAUUUGUCAACAAGAUGAAGGAGGAAAAGUUAAUUGUCACUUUAAGUAAAUCUGUCUUUAAGAUACUUAUUCAGGAUGACAGAGUUUUAGAUGCAUAUAAGCUACUCAUGGGUGCAAUAGAUCAUGUUCCUAUGGAUGUGGUUGAUUAUUCGAUUGUAGUCAAUGGUCUCUGCAAGCGAGGAUAUCUAAACCAGGCACUUGAUCUUUGCUCUUUCAUUAGGAAGAAGGGGAUAGCCCUUAAUGUUGUCUCUUACAAUUCAGUCAUCAAUGGAUUGUGCCGCCAGGGUCGAUUAAUGGAAGCAUUUCGGCUCUGUGAUUCACUAGAGAGAGUUGGUCUGGUUCCAUCUGAGAUCACAUACGGUACACUAAUUGAUGCUCUAUGCAGAGAGCAAUUUCUGGUUGAUGCUCAACUACUUUUCCAGAAAAUGAUCCUUAAGGGGCUCGAGCCUGGUACUCAUGUUUACAACUCAUUAAUUGAUAGCUAUUCCAAGAUUGGUAUGUUGGACAAUGCAUUGAAGCUUCUCCAUGAAAUGGAGAUGAAGGGCCUUAAGGUGGAUGCAUUCACUGUAAGUGCCAUGAUUAAUGGCUUUUGCCAAAGUGGGGAUAUGGAAGGGGCUCUCACCCUUUUUUCUGAGUUCAAGAAUAAAGCUAUCUUACCUGAUCUGUUGGGUUUUCAGUAUCUGCUAAGAGGUCUAAGUGCCAAGGGAAGGAUGGAAGAGGCAAGGAAUGUGUUGAGAGAAAUGCUUCAGUCCCAGCCUAUAGUGGAGCUGAUAGACAAAGUUGACUCUGAGUUUGAAACGGAAUCACUCAAUUUUCUUGUACUUUUAUGUGAGCAAGGGAAUAUAAAAGGAGCCAUUACUCUUCUCGAUGAAAUUGGCAACAUGUAUCAUCCUAUUCAGAAAUUCCAUGCUGAUUUAAAUGAGUCGUCAAAACCAAACAUGCGUUAUGAGGGAGAGGAAUUUAAAACGGAUGUUACAAGGUCUAUGACAGCCCUUGGUAAUGAUGGUCUGGAAAUUUGGCCAAUGGAAGUGAAGAACCUGGAGGAUGCAAUGAGUAUGAUGAAGCCUAAGCUUAAUGACUUUGACUCUUUCUAUUCCCUGGUUGCUUCACUAUGUUCAAGUGGGGAGGUAGAAAAGGCCAACCUGCUUCUGAAAGGAUUUGUUUGCUGAUACAGAAGAAUACUAAUUUUGCUUCAACAUUAUUUGCUUGAGCUUGCUCUCUGUGAUCCAUGAUGGCUCACUUCCAGGCAUUAAUAGCAGAUAGAACUUCAUAGGAUCAAGGAACAUUAUUUGCUCAUCAGGGAUGCACAAAUUCUUUGCGCCAUUGGCAUAUGUUCUUCAUGUGGACAUUGAAUGUCUCUCUCAAGUGAGAGGGCUUCACGAAGAGAACUUCAUUAACAAGUUUGAUGAGUUAUCAUUUCAUAAAAAAUCGGUCUUAUCCAUAAUUUUAAUAUCCAAAAAGUUCUUCAAUACCUUCAAAGACCUGAAUUUUCGGGGGAAAUACAUCCAAGAUGUAGAGUAUUAAUAAGUUUAAUCAUGAGAAUACAGAAGAUUAUAUUAGUGAUUGAUGCCUAUGGGGCCAAAGGUGAACUUGGUGUUUUAUUAUAUAAAGUAUACAGAUGAUGCCCACUGCGUGAGUGAUGCAUUGAUAUGUGGGGUCAAUGGGCUGGUAGCAAUGGCAGACUUCUUUGGAUACUCACCUGUAUGUGGGUCUAAUUCUAGCCUGCCUCCUGUAAUUGAGGCUUCAGCCGCCUUGUACCAUCUGCUAUCUGCUGUUGAUUCAUUUCUCUACAGUCACCUUGAUGAGUAGGGGUGGGCACAGGGCGCGCCUGGGAAAUGUGCAGUGCGGGACUUACCCUGCAGUGCCCUGUGCCCUGUUCCCUGCUUUCUUGCCACAAAUUCACCUCUAAUGGAGCAGGGCACCCUGGGGCAUGCCCAACUGCUGAAGAUGACUAAGGAUCUACCUUCAAGAUUCUCAGUUCAGCACAGGGAGCACUUAUUGCUGGUAUUGCUGUUUCUAUGCUACUUUGCUUUGAGAUCUUCCCUGCUAGAGGAUGAGAACUCUAUUUCCUCUCUCCAGAGCUUGCUGAAGUUGCCUCAUACUCUUGAUCUUAGGUGAAUACUAACAGAUAACGUGAAGUCACUGCAGGUGCUGGCUCUGGAAGUGAAUGCUUCUAAGCUUUCUUUGUCCAUAUGGGCUUUUUUUCUGAAGUGAGCAAAUGGUGAGUAGAGGCCAUAGCAUGUCAUGUGACUCUGAAUCUCCUAGAACUCCAAUAUUGGUAUGUGAUAGCCACUGGGUAAAAAUGUUGAGAAAUCUGCACAAAGAGGAGGAACUUAAGUGGGGAAGUUCACAGAAACAAGUUUUGACAAAGAAAAAGGGAUGGUCUGAGAAAGUGAAACUGAGUCUUUCCAGAAAGGAAUCUUAUUCUUCUCCAGCUAAGUGGAGGACAUUGAAAAGUACUAGGGCAUCUGUAAAGCAUAGGCACUUGAAAUUGUCUCAGCAGCUUGGCUCUGAUGAAGGUGCUGAGGAGACGAGCAGCCAUCAAAAUCUAGGUCAGAAGGAUCAAAAGUUCUUACGUUAUGUUCAAGUGUGAAUUCUGGGAGUGGAGAACUCUUAGUAGUGGUAUUCUUGAUCAUGAGAAUGACUAGGAGAGAAGCAGUGUUAGCUUAUCGAUCGGUGAACAUGAUGAUCAGCUGCAAAGCUUGGACUGGACAGCGAAUGAUUCACUGCCUCCUGCUUCUUUGAUGUUCAUGGCAAGACCUCUGAAUCUGAACUGGAUAACGAUUCAGCAGGAAAAAGUCAUGCAUACGUUGCUUUUAUGUAUGUCCCCAUGUCUUGACCAAAGUAUGUUUGAGACUGGCCUCAAACCCGGUGGUUCUUGUCCUGAAGGAGAGCACUACAGGCAGUAUCUAUAUUUGACUUUAUGUUGUUAUAUCACCAUUACAGAUGUUGCCUUCAACUUUUUCAUCCUUAAUAUGUUGUAUCAACACAUGACGAGGUUUUCUCUGUUAAUUGUAUGGGAUUUCUUUUAUGGUUA